UGCCCGCCGGGCGCCAUGUGGCUGCUGCUGUCCCUGCUGGCUCUCGCGGCGCUGCCGGCGCCCCGCCGGGCCGCGGCGUCCCAGGGGGAGCAGCCGGCCGCAGUGCCUUUACCAACAGAGAUUGUAGUAACAUCUGAAAAUUUCAAAACCGUUUUGCAUUGGCAGUACCCACCUGUGCCUGAAACUCCUCAUUUUAUUGUGGAAAUCAAGCCUUACAAUUUAGGUAACUACACGAAGGUCUCAACCUGUGUGAACACUACAGCUCAUUUUUGUGAUCUCUCAGAGGAAAUAUGUGACCCUUAUACAUCUCAUUGGUUUCGAGUUAAAGCUGUUGUUGGGUCACAACAGUCUGAAUUUGUUGAAACAAAUGAGUUUAUUUUGCAAAGGCUUGGAAAAAUAGGACCACCAAAACUGAAUCUCUCAAGACAUGGUGAUAAAAUCCUGGUAGAUAUUUACCAUCCUGUAUUCCCUCUUUCUUGUAUUGAAGACAUUUAUUCAAAGCUUCAGUACUUCGUGACUGUUUGGGAUAGUAAAAAUGAGACUGAAGAAUUCUAUGAGGACAACUGUACAAUGCAUAAGUGCAGCCUCAAAAUCCCAGUUCCUACUGAGAGUUCCACUUACUGUAUUUCAGCAGAAGGAAUUUUUGAUGAUCUGAUGGUUGGCACUCCAUCAGAGGAGAGUUGCAUUUCUGUGCCUUUCAGCCAGACAUUGAGUACACAUCAUAUCAUCAUUCUGUGUGUUGUUAUUGGGAUCUUGACUGUAAUACCAACAGUGUAUUGUGGCUGCAAGAAACUAAGGAAAAACAACAUACAGCUGCCUAAGUCUUUGGUCAAUGUGAUGAGAAACCUGAACAGUGGUGCUUUACUGGGACCAAGAUCAGAGGGGAAGUAUUUGUCCGUACUGUCAGGCAACUCAGAGUUGCCAGUGAAUGGUGAAGUAAUCUUGCUGGAGAUAGAGCCAGAAGAACAAACUGUUAGUCCUGGAUAUUCCUGUGAUGAAGACUCUUCUGUCCCUUCCCCAGAGGCACCAGCCAAAGCAGAAGAGGUGCCUGUGCAGGAAAACACAGAGGAGGUCUCUGUUGAUGCUGAUGAACAGAAUUCCAAAGUAAAAGAGAGUUACUUCAUUUCUAACAGUAACCAAAUGGAUAUAUGCAGUGCGUCUUCAGGGUCAGAGAUUUCUAGCACAGAAACGCAGCAAACAGCCAUUCAAAGCAACUGCUUCAAGUUUUCUGGCUAUGACAAGCCUCAUGUUCCAAUAGAGGAGUUGAUGAUAGAUGUUGGUGAAGAACAGCCUGUGAAUGCUUACAGGCCAACUGAGUAGCCAGGAUAACUGAAGUGCUUAACCACAACUCAGAAAGAACAGCAUUACUGAAGGUUAUGGAAAGUCCAGGUUAAAUUGUGAACAUCUAUAAGUUGUACUUGUUCCGAUCAGUACACAAUGAAAAUAAUACCUGAAAAUGGCAUAAAAAGUGUGGGGGAAUUUCAUAAUAACCACUUUUUGAAAUGUUUUUAUAUAUCAUAUAACUCAUUAUUUCCUAUUUGAAAUAGUGCCAUGUUUUUUAAUAGUACUCUAUAGAAAGCAUACCAUCAACUAUAAAACAGCAACUGUACCAUUAUUCACUUCUGCUUCAAAUCCUGUUCAAAAUUAGCUCAAUGUACAUAAUGUUUAAGAAAUCCUUCAGUUGAUAGACAUGCAAGAAAUGUUUGAGAGUUUUUACCAUUAUUGGAGGUAUCCUCUUGCUUACCUUUUUCUUUUGAACAGUGUUUUUAUAUUAAAUUAAAUGCUCCUAUUUCUUUUAAAUAAGAGUGUGCCUAUAAGCUCUUCUGUAUAUCUGUGGAAUUUUCAUUCCAUGUCUAAGAAGUAAUGGCCAUAAAAUAAGAACACAAGAAGUUCACCUCAACAUGAGGAAAAACUUCUUUGCAUUGAGAGUGGAUGGCAGAGCACUGGAAGAGGCUGCCCAAGGGGAGAUCAUGGAGUCUGCCUUUGAAGACAGUUGAAACCCACCUGAGCUUGUUCCUGUGCCACCUGCUCUAGGUGACCUUGCCUUGCCAGGGUGUUGGAGUGCAUGAUUUCCAGAGGUUCCUUCCAGCCCUAACAAUUCUGUGAAAGUAACAGUUAUUUGUACUCUGUUAACUUCAGUACAGCAGCACCCAUUUGGAUUACCUAGUGGUGUGAGUAACCUUGUCAGAAUAUUGCUGACUGAUCAUCACUGGAAAAAAAAAAGUCCAGUGGGUGGUUUCACAAAUUCCUUAGAUAAUGUCCUCAAAAUUCAAAAGCCUGGUUUCUUCUGGGACAUUUUUUCCUAAUUUUUAGAAAAAUAUGUUCAUUAAACAGAAAUAAUUAGAACUUCUUCCAAGCAUGUUUUCUAGAAGGAUGAAAAUCACUGCUAUUUCCCCCCUUUUAAUAACAUAACUCAGGAACUACACAAAAUCACCUUCUAAAAAUACGUCUCAAGACAAUAGAAAAAUAGUGUGAUUAAGUUGUACUUCAUAACUUUUAUUGUCAUUCUGAAUUUUGUGUCCUAGGGAUCGUAGUUUUGAAAACUGAGGAACAAGAAUUUUAUAUUUUUAUAUUUGUUUUUUUUCAUAUUGAAAUCUAUGCAAUCCAUUUAUUUCCCUUAAAUGAAGAUUUGAUAGGUAUUUUCUAUUUGUAGGAAAUAUUUAGAACCAUUAUUAAUGAAGUUUAGUUCAGGAAAAAAGAACCCUUUACGGGUACAAGUUGGUCUGUUUACAUAAAAUUGUGGGUUUGUUUUAAAAGAAAUUUUUAUAGGAUAUAUUAAUUGCUAGCAUGUUACAUUACAGCAGGUGGUUUUAAAGGAAAACCAGUGUCAUAAUACUUCUGUCCUUAAGUUUCUCAGUGACAUGAGUCACUUAAGGUGAAGUUAGUUUAUACAGCAGUUUCAGGAGUGCUUCUGUUUGUAUCUAUCAAUAUUGACCACACAAUGGUACAAAAGAUUUAAAGACAACAGCUAUUUUCCCCAUCUCUACUCACAGGAAGGUAGCAGAUUGGUUAGCAGGGUUUGAUAAUUUUAGGAAACACUAAAUCAAGCAGGUGAAUUUUGUAGUUAUGGUGUCAUGGAAAGCCCAGUUAGUAAUUGUUAACUGGCUGUGAUUUGUUUCUGCAUUAUAUUCAAACAUGGUGAGACCCCCUAGCAACUUUUUCAAUGUUGUGUUCUGGAUUGAGUUCCUAGAGGACAGUGCUUAGUGACUUACUGCUUAGGAUGCACUAAUAUGUAGGUCUCCCCAUGGCAGAGGUGCAUAAAAUAACACUUUUGGUGUUAUGAGAAGGCUUUUUGAAAAUCAGUAUUAAUUGCACUUGAAACUUCAACUAAACUGACUUUCCAGGUAAUGAUGUCGUUCGUCACUGAAGCUCCUAGCAGGCUGUCUACUGGAGUAGAUGAACAGCUGUGUCUUAUGCAGAAAUUGGAGUUGAUGUAAUUUCUUUCUGAGUUUAGAGGUUUUUUUGAUUAAUAUGAAUUGCAGUAAAUAGCUCAGGAAUUUAUAAAUAUCAGAGAAGUGUUGAACUUAAACUUGGUUCUGAAGGGAUAAAGAGAGCAUUAGAAACUGUGAAGUUAGUCUUGUUUUUUGGGAAGAAGUUUCUGACCAGGCAAUUUGCUGAGUAUUUUCUUUGCAACUGCUCAGAGUAUUUAACCUUUGUGGUUUGUUUUCCUUCUGUCAGUAUUUUUUGUCAGAAAAAAGAGAUAAAAUGUUAAUGUUGUCCAAGAACAUCAGGAAUUAGCUGUGGCAGUUGUUGGAUUUGAUGUAUCUGCCUCAAAACCAAGAUUCUGUCAGAAGCAUGUAGUUUUUUGUUUUGUUUUUUUAAAUUAGAUUUGCAUUCUUAACAGUGCAUCAGGAAACGCUGCUGCUGUUAGAACUAAGGCUCAGCAUCUUAGAUUUGUGUGAGCUAAGUGUUUCAUUGUUCUGGAAGAUUUUCCUUUGCUGACACACUGGAAGGGGAAUGCAGAUAGUCACUCUAGUUUUAAAAUGUGUCUAUCUCAGGUUCUUUUCUCUUACCCCUGCAAUACAAUUACAUUGUACAUUGUUCUGAAUCUUUCAAAUCACAUGGAGUCAAAUGUCAGUAAAGGGACCCAGCCAGGAGCUAGGAUAUCAUUAAGAAUGGUGAUGUUAAGAUCAAUAAGAAAUGACACAAAAAUAUAUCAUAACAUAUGGGAGAAAUUUGGCAUGGCAGAUAGUCACAUGUACUGGAAGGACACUGUUAUUUUAGAAGCUGAAAAUCAAGAACAGUGGUAUGAGUGCUUUGUGUUGUAUCACAUAUAUGUACAACAGACCUGCUCUUGAAAUAAAACAAGGUUAAAUGUACUUUUAGAUCAAAAUUUCUGAACAGUAAAUACAAAAGCCACUGAACUAGCACCAUCCCUGCAGUUUGUCUUCUGUGUGCUGCAUACUUACCUAGUGGCAUAGUAAUAGUUUAGAUGUUUAAAUUGCUCAGGCCAGCUUACAGCUUUUGUAACUGUGAAAUAAAGAAGUCUAAGGGUGCACAAAGCACAGGAUUCUUUUACUAGCUGUGACUAGCUAAAAAUGUGAGGCCACAGUAAGAGAAGAUGUGUUUCUGGGCCAGUAAGCUCUUACCACCAGUCCUAUUUUUUAGCAGUUGCCCAUAGUGGUAUUGAGAGCCUAAGAGUAGGACAGUUCAUGGUAAUAAUGUCUGUUUGGAUACAAUCUAGCAGCUUGCAGUGUGAUGAUUUCUUGGGUUGAGAAUGGAAAUGUCUUUCCAGCUACAGCUAGUUAGGCUUGCAUUUGCAGUUCUGUAACAGCAAGUAUCUGACCAAUGUGACUGGGAACCUGUCUGGUAGUGUUUAUCUAUACAUUUUCACCUAGUUGAAUGAGUUUCAUUGAUUAAUAUUCUUGUGAUGAAGUAGUUUGCUUGAGCUUCUGAAUAUUCAUAUAUAGCACCUUGAUCCAGAAUAUGAAAGUGCCUAACAUUUAUACAUUGAAAAUAAUUUAAUAUUCAUGCCAUCUGCAGGCCCAUCAGCUACGCAGUAUGAUACACUUGCAAGGUUUUGCUGCUUGAAACCUUUUCAGCUGAUUAUUGCUCUUGUCCUAGCUGCUUAGCACUGCUCCCUUCCUCUUGCUUGAAGAUUAUUUGGGUGAUGGUGUAAGACUCCAAAACAUUACAUCUUGUGAAAGCGACCUUCACAAAACUUUGACCUCAUACCUGCCAACAUUUCUAAGAACUUCUUUAGUUCUUGUUCUUGAGUGGGCAUUAUAAUUUUUACUAUUAGUUCUGCAAUUAACAAUGAAGUACUGUGGCAGUACUGUGUGUGGGCACAGAAACAUCAAAUCUGCUUUUGUGUGGUUUUCCACAGAAGUCAGUAAUGUAGUUAAAAAAAAAUUGUCAAACCUACUGACAUCUGUGGAAACAAGACAGCAUGUAGAGUCCCAGUUGCCUGGAACAGACUCGUGCGUUUUUAUGUAAUCCUUCACUAGAAGAUUGCAGAAAAAGAAACUUGCAUGAGAACCUGUUUUUCUCAGGGUUAGGAAUAAUCAGUUGGGCUGAAGUGGUUCCAUGUAAACAGUUGAGUAUUAAUAAGUAAGAGAUGUUGACUUGGUUCAAAUUAAUAGUUUCAGCACAUCUUAAAGAAACCAUAAUACAAAAAGCAAAAACACCCAACCACAAUGACAAACCAAAUACAAAGCACCUUUUAUCUCAGGAAAAGGUGACUUGUGUACAUAUUUUAUAGUUCAGUCCUUUAACUAUGAAGUUCUUGUUUAUGAAUACUUUUUCUAUAUUAUCUUAUCAGAUACCGGGCUGAAAUCUAUAAUGAAAUUCCUGUAAAUACUCCUUAUAUUAAAUGUUUUAAUAUGUAAAUAAAAAAAUCUAAGAAGAAAAA